CGCAACAGGGGCAGUCUAUUGACUCUCUACAGGAAGGUACUACCGGGCUAUUUUUGCUCGUGUGUUUUACAGUGUUAUGGUUAGUGGUUCGCAGUGAGGGGGACAUGAGGUGGUUACUUUUGGCAAUCAAUCCAACACAUUCAGUCAAGGAAUACUGAUGACAUGUUGACGGGCUACGUGCCCGGAAUAUUAAAACUGAAAGUUCAUUUCAGAAGCAUUGACUUGGGCUCCCGUGACAGCGGUGAAGUGGAGACUGUUUCCUUGAUGUACAGAUUUCAAAAACGGAGGUGGAUUUCAACAAUGCAUAAUUAGGAAUAACUGCUACCAGUUACCAUAUUUGCCAGAUUAAUCAAGUGUGUGUCGGGAGACAGUUAUGCCUUCAAGAGAUCCUCAGGGGUAUGUGGCCCUCCUUCCUCUGCCGAUUCCAUCUCAGCGGGGGGUGAAAAUACAAGCCCGAAGUGCCACUGUCUUCAAUCCAACGAUUCCAUCACGAGAUGAAGUUAGACGUUCAAAUUACAGACGUCGACUUCAGCAGUUGACGUCACAAGGAUUUCGAUCUGUGUCCCACAAACCGUAUCAAGGAAUUGGAGACCCAUUUUAUCUGGAAGAACAAAGGCUCAUUCUUCAUUCACUUGGACAGUGGGAUGGGAACGAAGGAAGCGAUGGAUCCAGCAGCUCCGAAGAUGAGGGUAUACAGGCAGCCCACAUACCUAGUCCAAAGAAAACCAUGACUGCUGCCAAGUUUGUACUACGUAGGACACGAAAGGACCUGAAUACACUCAAGAAAGAGGUUGACAGUGGGAGGAACAUGAUCCGGAAUGUGAAGCUUGGCCAUGGCUUGUUUCAACUCAUCAAACACGAGAGAGAGACUAAAACUGCAGCUUUGUACGCUGAGAAGAGGAAGAAGGAAGAAGAGGCACGGAAUGCAUGGCAGGCUCCGAAGCGUGACAGUGACAGUGACAGCGACAGCGAGGCAGAUGAGGAGCUGGGGGAGGAUGUGGAUCUGACGGGCUAUAUGGAGGAGUUGAUGCAUGACGAUGACGAGGAUGAAUUUCGUUUGACCUUGACAUCUGAGCCCAAUCCUGACCCCCAGGAAAGGGACGUGUUUAGUGGGAUGGGCUACACAGAUCUGGAUUCCCAACCAACAAGUGCCAAGACAGUGCCAAGUGCUCGGCGGAAGAAGAACGUACUGCCACGCCCCUACACUCCUCAGCACACCAACCUGGCCGUCGUGUCAGAUGACCGAGUGCCUGAUAUGUCAAGACAAGCCUUGUUCCGUCAGCUGUGUGUGUUGAACUGGAUCCUGGAGGCCAUGAACAUAGAACAAGGCUACGACAUGUGCCCAAUUACCAAGUCCUGGAGCUUCCUUGAGAUUGGCGGCUCCAAGAUGAACAUGAAAAAAAAGCAGCGAGAAAAACAAGCAGAAAAUAAAUGGGAGCAGUUUGUGACCAACACCUCAACUGGAAAGACAAAUCCUUGGAUGAAAGCUAUGAAUUUCUUCUCUGCCACCAAGCUACUGACCCAUAAACGAGUCAGCACCCAAAAAAGCCGGGCGUCACUACAGCGACGCAGCACCCACCUGUACGCGCGGACAGCAUCCACGUCUAUGUCGGCCAGCCCUAGCAGCAGCACCUCCCAGCUCAACAUGAGCUCGGGGCAGCUUCCGCACCAUGGCCUGCAGGAUAAUGUGAUCAUGGAGGAGAGUGCCGAAACAAUUCCUGAAGAGGAGGAUGCUACCUAUAACAAGAAAAAAUCAUCAGGCAUAUUCAAGUUUCUGGACGAGUACUAUGAGAGUCUGAAGCGGGAGUCUCAGCAGGAGGAGGAGAGGAAGGAGGCGAUGCUUGGACGGUCCGACGUCCGGACAUCUCUCUCUGACCGGGGCAAGGACAGGAAAUCUGAACAUGAUGGCAGGACAUCACGAAAAUCGAUUUUGAAAUCUCCAGAGCGACCAGGAACGGAUCAUGAUACAAUCGAUGUCAGCCCAGACAAGAAAGCUUCCCGUGAGCUGAGAGCUGACGUGCAUUUUAUACGACCAAAGAGUUCACCACAACUCCUGGAAUACAUGGCAUCAUUGCCCAGCAACCGUCAUGCUGGCAUGACAACUGAAAGUAGACAGAAGUUUUCUGAGAUUCUUGAGGACAAAGCUUUAACACUUCAUGACAUUCUGGAACAGAUGGACAGGGAAAGAAUGGUGAAAUGCAGCAGUAAACUGGUGGGUUUGAAAGCUGAAGGUCACAGUUUCCACCGCACGUUACGAGAUAUGCGCGACUCCACGGACCGAAUCCUCCACCGACCGGCUGAACAGCAGAAGAAAGACAAGGACAAGGCAACAAAAAGAAAUUGGUUCACAGUACUUCGUGACAGUAUACCCGAGGAGGCACGGGAAGGGCUGUGGUACUAUAAAACAAUCCUGGCUAAACUGGAAAGAUUCGGCAUGCCUAGAGUUAGGAGGAAGUCCACCAGGGCCCCCAUCCAGCAGGUUGAGAGCACCAGUAAGCAGAGUGUGUACAAGUUCCUCAAGGUCCUGGAGACUCUGCGAGACUGGGAACUCUGCAGCCCCGACAUCUCUGCCGCCAUUGAGUUCUGCCGGGAGAAGGUCGUGGAGAUGACGGUGGAGGAAUAUGAAGAAUGGUUCCAGCAGCAGUUUCCCAAGAUACAGCGGCCUCAGACAGCGCCACCUAUGUUGAAGGGCAAGAAGAAGGAGGAAGUUCCUGCAACUCCAGAAUUCAGUGCUGUCGGUGCCAAAAUGAGAUAUGUUCAAUCUGCCUUUGUGCGCAGAUCUCAAACGUGAUCUCAAACAUAAAAUACUGUUUUGUUAAUUGUUUCAAACACAUAUCAGACAAAGAUGAUCUUAGUUUAAUUAAACCUUUAUCUUUGAAGAGUUUCAUUCUCAAAGUAUUUACUACUGAGCUAAUAACUGAGAAUAUGUAUGAAUUAGGAACUUGAACUAUGUUUAUAAAUUUUUUCUUAAUGUUUUUGUAAAGAAAGCAUUGCAUGUAUAUCUGGAAGGUGACAACAUGUUUGUAUAUUUACAAUGCUAACUCCAUUGUUAAGUCAAAUACACAGUUCAGUGUAUGGGUAGUUUCUAUCUAAACCUAAGUAAAUAUAAAUAUUUGAUUUUAAUAAAUUUAGCCCCAGUGAAUGUACAGUGUACCAGAAUCUUACUGAAAAGAAAUGUAUUCGAAAUUUCCUAUAAAUUUCAGAAUUUCUUGACGUUCAGAAUGGAUGCUAGUUGUAUUUAAUUUUUCUGAACUGAUACGCUGUGAAACUUUACCAUGACUGAUCCCAAAGAAUGAAUCUGCUCACAUUAUUGCAACUUGUUGUCUAUGAACAUCUUUCAACCUACCAUAGUCAUUGGGAGAUAUAUAUUCUUUCAGACACUUCUUAUCAUGAUGUAUGAUAUUGUUCACUAGUCUUAUGAAAUGUUCCAAGCCAAACCACAUGACGAUUAUCCAAAGAUGAUAACACACCAUACUAGCCUUUGAAAUCCACAGGGUAGUUGGUAUGACUGUGCCUGUGUCAUUGCUUUACAUAUAUAUGUGUCUUUUAAUGUUAUUAACAGUAUUAAUAGAAGUUUCUUCAAGAACCUCCAAUGCUGUUGAAUAUGCCAAAAUGUGUCUUGACUGGAAGACCAUGUUGCAUGUUGGUUAGGCUUUAAAAAAUAAAAGAACUGGUUCUCAGGUAAUGACUUUUGAAAAUAUAGAGCGGGUGGAUGUGUUAUUUUUUUCUUGUUCAAACUAGUAUGUAACCAAAUAAACAGUUGUGUGCCAUCAACCUGGGAAAGGGCUUCCCUAUACAUGUAUAAACAAACAUACAAACUCCUAUAUGCGUCCAUGACCAUAACACAAGAUGUACAGUGGAACAGUGCCCAUGUAAAGGGAAGUAACUGCGUGCUAUAUUGGAUUGCAUUAUUUUUAUUAGGAUUAGGAUUGUAUUAAUAGUAUUAUGUUUUUGGAAAAUGGAAAUAAAAAGGAAACGUGCAGCAGACUUUAUAAUAAUGCAGACGGUGCCUGAGAACUAAGACUAUUAUUUUUUUUAGCCUUAUGUAUUUGUUAAUUAUGGGUAAUAUUUGUGAAAUUCAAUUGUUUUCGUUUGCAUUCUGCAAACAUGCAGGAACAUCAUGUCUAAGGAUGAUAUGAAUGAGUGGAGUUGGGGCUGUUUUCAUGGUACUCAUUUGAGCAUCUCUCAAUGACAAAAUGCACUUUGAAAUAUUUCCUAAUUAUUUCAAUAAUCGAUUUAUUAGUUGUGGAGAGUUGUAUCCCUUAGGCAGGUCAGAAACCUAUCAUCUUGGGUUUGAUCCCAGAUUCGCCCUGAUUCUCUUUCUUGUCCGUGCCAUACCCAUGCUUGAUGCUUGUGGAUUUCAGUAAUGAAGUGGAAAACGUCUGAGACCCUCAUCACUUUCCUCGUGGGAUUUCCUCCCACUUUAAGUUGACAUGCUGUGAUAUAACUGAAAUACUCUUCAAAGCUGCGUUAAACCAGAUUAUCUCACUCACUUAUAUCAUAUGGCCAUGUAUCAAUAUUGUGUGUAAGAAGGGUAUGCUAUAUCAACUGCAAAAUACUAUUUACUGACAGUUCUUGUGCCAUUGUUGUAAAUUUUGUAUAGUACAAGUAUUUUCAGUUAUAUUCCCUUCUACAAUUGAAAACAGCUCCUUAAAUGACAAUGAUGAGUUUUCAAGUUUUGUAUUGUGGAUCUCAUCACAAAUGAACUUGUUUGAUUUUGAAACACUGAUUACUGUGCAUGUCUUCAUGAAGAAGCUGUCAUGGCAUCUGCUGUUUCCUUUCGAGAACAAGUAGAGAGACAAAUGAAAAACAGACUACCAUGAAGCUCUGUAAAUACAGAUGGUACCAUUCCCAGUGAAUGUACAUCAUGAACUUUGUACUGACAUUCUCUCCUGGAGAGGCAUCGUUGGAGAGAGACAAACAUGGUUGGGACUAUUGGGCCUUCACUGAGAUGAGACACUUUUUUAAAUGUUUUGAUUUCUCUUAUUUUUGAUACCAUUUCCUAUGUUUCUAAGCUUGUCUUCACUGUUACUCCAUGAUAAGUAUUGAUGAUAAUUAUUUAUGGACACGGGCAUGUCCCUUUUAUGCCUCUCCUGGCGACCAAUCAGAUUCCAAUUCUCGUAUCACUUGCAUUUGCUUUGAACAAAAUGGCAGCGACCAGUCAAGACGAACUGAUCGAUAAUCAAGAUCUAUAUUGUGAUAAAAUGAAAAUAAGUGCAUCAAAUCAUGUGAGCAUCUUGAUUAAAAACAUGAAAAGACAAAGAGUUGGCAGUGCACAUGCUUUGCAAACCCUGCAAU